UGUGCGAUGGAAAGUUUCACAAGCACUUGCAAGAGAUUUUUGUUCCUUUGGUCGUCCGCUAUGUUGAUCUCAUGGAGUCAUCUAUUGCCCAGUCCAUUCAUAGAGGUCUUGAACAAGAGUCCUGGCAGCCUGUCAAGAGCAUCUCCAACAGUCUUCCCAAUGUAGCUCUUCCGAAAGUUCCAAGUUUGCCUCUUAAUCUUCCACAGAUACCUAGCUUUUCUGCACCAACCUGGAUGGCUUCUUUAUAUGAUUCCACCAAUGGUUCAGCUACAUCAGAAGAUCUUUUCUGGAAACUUGAUGCACUGCAGAUGUUUGUUUUCGAUCUGCACUGGCCAGAACCAGAAUUUGCCCAUCAUUUAGAGCAGAGACUUAAACUUAUGGCCACUGAUAUGAUAGAGGCCUGCGUCAAAAGAACAAGAAUUGCAUUUGAACUCAAGCUGCAAAAGACAAACAAAUCAAUGGACUUGCGCAUUCCUGCAUCUGUGUGUACGAUGUUUAACGUUUUAGUCGAUGCCAAAAAGCAAACUGCUAAACUCUGCAUUCUGGAUGGUGGGCAAGAGUUUGCUGGUCAGUGGCAACAAUACCAUUCAAAAAUAGAUGACUUGAUUGAAGAAACUGUUAAAGAAAUUAUUUCACUUCUCGUUUCAAAGUUUGUUUCAGUGUUAGAAGGUGUGCUGUCUAAACUAUCAAGGUAUGAUGAAGGUACAUUCUUCUCAUCAAUACUUUCAUUCACUGUGAAAGCAGCUGCAAAAUAUGUUGAUGUUCCUAAACCAGGAAUGGAUCUAGCAGACACCUACAUUAUGUUUGUUCGGCAAAACCAGGAUAUACUUCGAGAAAAGGUCAAUGAGGAAAUGUAUAUAGAAAAGUUGUUUGAUCAAUGGUACAGCAGCUCCAUGAAAGUCAUAUGUAUGUGGCUGGCUGAUAGAUUAGACCUUCAGCUUCACAUCUACCAGCUGAAGACUCUCAUCAAGAUAGUGAAGAAAACCUACCGAGAUUUCAGAUUGCAGGGUGUGCUGGAAGGAACACUGAACAGUAAAACCUAUGAUACUGUUCACAGCCGUCUUACAGUAGAGGAGGCCACAGUCUCAGUCACUGAUGGAGGAGGACUUCAGGGUAUCACCAUGAAAGACAGCGAUGAAGAAGAAGGAUGAUAGUGAGAUAUUUCAUCUAGAAUAUCAACACUAGGUGUUUGUUUUGUAACUUGUCCUUGUAUUUGCAUUUAUAGUUUCGCUUUAUAACACUUGAGUACCAAAAAUGUAAUUCAUUCCACUUUUUUAAAUCUGAAAGCAGAAUUAUUGGGAGCAAAAAUGCCAAGAAUUUUUUGAGGACAAUGAUUUUAGCAUAUUUCAAUGUAUAGCUUUGCUUAGAACUGUGAGAAUGUUGGCAUGAAGUUUGAGUUCCACUUGUGAUUAUGUUUCUUUACCUUUUGUUAGAGUUACCAUUUGUUCCUGUAACUCCUCCAUCAAAUAGUGAUGUCCUGUGCAGAAAACAAUACAAAUAAUACACAAUUAUACAGGAAAUCAUUCUUGGAAUAAUUCAGUGCCCUUGUUAAAAAACAGUGUGUUUUCAGGAUUACACUUUAUAUAUUUUUUUCUUGUUUUGUACUUAAUUUUUCAUUAUUGUGUGAUGUGCAUUAAAAACUUAGAUCUUGGUUCACGGUGCUUUGAGUUUGAUGUGUAAAUAAGAAGACUCCAGGGACUACAAAAUGCACAUAAAUUACUUAUGAGUGUUGUGUCUUGUUUCCCUACAUUCAUAGUGCAAGUUUAAGGAUAUCUCAUCAUGCUGGAUGUCAGUAAGCUUGCUAUCAGUGUUUCUAUUUCUAUGUGAAAUUUUGCAGGCAAUAAGAACACAUUUUGUCAUGACUGCGUCUGUAUCUA